AUGCUAUCUAGACGCUCUUGUUCAAAACAGUUAAAUAUAAAUAAUUUAAAAGCAUGUAUUUAUAAUGAAAAUAAAAAAAAACAACUCAGUGUUGCAUAUAAAGAACAUAGAAAACAAAUUAAUGAGUAUUUGAAAAGAAGUGAUCAAGCAUCUGAAUUAAAAA